AUGACUUUCCUUUCCUCUGUGAACUCCAGCGUAGUAUAUAUCAUGCCCAUGAUCUCGGAAUUUCAAUGCGUUUUCCUCUGCGUCCUUCUCGCUGAGUUACUUCGGUGUGAAGCUUCAGAUAUCCUGGAAGGAUUGAAAGCAGCAGAUCGAUCAAAGGAUAUCAGCUACAAUUCUCGGUUCUUUCGAGAACCAAGCAUAUUCCUUCUCAUCAGCAUCCUCAAAUCGCCGGUCUCGUCGACACCGAUUACACGAGAAUGGGAGAUUCUCGAGAAUCACAGAGAGGAUUACAUGAAACUGGGGGAACUGGUCGACGAAUUAUCCUACGUCUUCAGUCCGACACUCUUGCUGAGUUUCGUGAACAGCGUCGUGAAGACGACGGUGACGGUGUACUUGGCGUCGGUGAACUUCUCGUAUGGCUCUCUGCAGUGGUUGAACAUCCUCACGACGGCUGGGGAAGUUUCCGGAAGCCUCGUGCGACUCUUCCUCGUCACUAUCGCUGCUUCGUAUAUAUUCGAUCAGGUGAUGUUUCUUGAGUGCAGAGGAAUGAAUUUUAAAAAUGUUCAUUUCAUCGAUCGAAAAAGCGAUGGGAAAGUAAGAAACGAUACAUCUCCCAUGGCCAGGAUCGGAGGGGACAUGUGA